AAAUACCAUUCUCCUCAGCAACUUCACACAUUUCGAAAGAGAAGAAUCUCACAAUAUCAAUCUAGAGAGACAGAGAGAGAGACCAAAAGAGAUCGGAAGAUAUGGCUUCUACCUCCGCGAUGUCAUUGGUCACGCCACUUAACCAGACCCGUUCAUCUCCUUUCCUCAAACCAUUGACUCUGAAACCAUCCAAGGCCUUGGUUGCACCUGGAGGCAGAGCACAGAGGCUCCAAGUUAAGGCGCUCAAGAUGGACAAAGCUUUGGCCGGAAUCUCUGCGGCUGCUCUCACUGCUUCCAUGGUUAUCCCGGAUGUGGCUGAAGCUGCUGGUUCUGGAAUCUCUCCUUCCCUCAAGAAUUUCUUGCUCAGUAUUGCUUCUGGUGGCCUCGUCCUCACCGUCAUCAUUGGUGUCGUCCUCGGCGUCUCCAACUUCGACCCUGUCAAGAGAACCUAAGCUUAACCUAUAUAUCUUUCUUACACCAUUGUAAUCUGUUCUCUUUCUCUGUGUAUUCGUUUGAUGUUGCAGCAAUGAACUUUUGUCAAAAGUAAAAUUUGUUGUUUCUUGAAUCCGAAUAAA